UUUGUCAUUAAGUCACACUCAAAGUCAAAACAAUUCUAACUUGUUAGGUACUCUAAAUGUUUUUUUUGCAAUUCAGGCACAGAAAUGGCUGAAUUGCUAGUUGUUCCGUUUAAAAAGUCCUCGGACGUAGAUAUCGUGAAACCGUUAAAAAACUUGAUACAGUCCACAUACAAUGAAGGAGCUGAAGAUAUUGGAGAUGCCAUUACCGAACUUAGCCGCCUGCGCACAAAUGCUAUUUGGAAAGUGUUCGAGAAGUCAUCUCUUGACGAUCUCUACAGCUACUAUGAUCAGUUGGUCUCCCUGGAAAGUAAGAUACCACCGCAAGAGGUUCAGAUUCCUUUCAAGUGGAAAGAUGCUUUUGAUAGAGGGUCAAUAUUUGGAGGUCGGAUGAGUCUAACUAUCAGCUCACUGGCAUAUGAGCGCAUUUGUAUCCUGUUUAAUAUUGGAGCAAUGCAAAGUGCCAUAGCAGCUCAGCAAACACUGGAUACAGAGGAGUCAUUGAAACUUGCUGCUAAAAUGCUUCAGCAAGCAGCAGGUAUAUUUGCCUAUCUGAAAGGCAAUGUAAUGUUGGCUGUGCACCAGGAGACCACACCAGACCUCAACCCAGAAACAUUGAACACAAUCUCGCAGCUUAUGCUUGCUCAGGCUCAGGAAGUGAUAGCUUACAAAUGUAUGAGAGAUGAAAUGAAAGAGAGCAUGGUAGCAAAGGUUUGUGCUCAGUGUGAGGAGCUGUACACAGAUGCUCUUCGCUCCAUGCAGAACCAGCUCCACAAACACCUCUGGGAACGAGACUGGAUACCCGCAGUGAGCAGUAAGCAGACCUUGUUCCGCGGCGCCACGCACUACUACCAGGCGCAGGUGUGCCGCGCCGGGAAGGCGGUAGGGGAGGAGAUCGCCCGUCUACAGCUGGCGGUGGAGUUUCUGAAGGGCAGCUCAGGUGGCAAGCUGCUGGACCUGGCGACGAAGGCUGCUCGGCAGCUGGCCGCCGCCGUCAAGGACAACGACUUCAUCUACCACGAGCGCAUCCCCGACGCUCGCGCGCUGGAGCCCGUGGCACGCGCUGCCGUGGCGCAGGUGCUGCCGCCGCCGGAGCGCUGGGCCUCCGCCCGCGACCUGUUCGCCAAGCUGAUGCCGGCGCCCGUCCAGCAGGCCUUGCAGGCCAGCGCCGCGCGGAAGGCCGAGAUGGUCAACACAGAGAUCAACAAGCUGCGAGACGCCACGCAGCUGCUCAACAGCAUCCUGGCGUCGCUGAGCCUGCCGGCGUGCGUGGAGAAUGAGAGUGGAGUGGGGCUGCCCGAGUCCAUCCGCGUGAAGGCGCGGGAGCUUCGCGAGGCUGGCGGCACUGCGGCGCUUCAGAGGCUUAUGGCGGAGCUACCGGAGCUGCUGCAGCGCAACCGGGACAUCCUGGACGAGGCGACGCGCAUGUUACGCGAGGAGGCGGAGGCGGACGCGGCGCUGCGGGCCCAGUUCGGAGCGCGGUGGUCGCGCACGCCGUCCGACACACUCACCGAGUCGUUCCGAGCCAACGCGGCCAAGUACGCGCAGAUCAUCGACAACGCCGUGCGGGCCGAUGCCAUCGUGCGCGACAAGUUCAACACCCACAAAGAGAGUAUCGAGCUGCUGAGCCGGAGCGAGGGUGAGAUCGACGCGGGCGUGCCGCACGCGACACUCGUCGCCGGUAGCGACGCCGCGGCCGAUGCGGUGGCGACGCUUCGCGCGCUGAUGACGGAGGUGGAGGCGAUGAAGAGCGAGCGCGACGCCAUCGAGAGCGAGCUGAAGGACUGCACGGUGGACUUGCGGGAGCGGUUCCUGUCGGCCCUGGCGGCGGACGGCGCGCUGGACGAGCCGGCGUUGUCGGCGGGGGCUCUGGGCGCGGCCCUGGGCCCGCUGCAGCGCCGCGCCGCCGCCACGUUGGCCGCACAGGAGCGCCUGGCCGAGCGCCUGCGGGCCGCACACGCCGCGCUCGUGGCAGCUCGUGGCGGAGCCAGCGGCCGGGACGAGGCGCUGGGCCGCCUGCAAGCCGCCGCCGACGCCUACCGCGACCUCACCGCCAAUCUGCAGGAGGGCGUCAAGUUCUACAACGACCUGACGCAGCUGCUGGUGGCGUUCCAGAACAAGGUGUCCGAUUUCUGCUUCGCUCGUAAGACGGAGAAGGAAGAGCUCCUGAAGGACCUCACGCAGGAGGCGUCCCGCGCCGGCCCGCCGAGGCCCGCGCCCGAGCCCCCACAACAAGAGAGUCCGGCCGUCAAGAAGGAGGUGCCCCCUCGACCGCCGCCGCCAACCGCGGGCCCUCCCGCCGCCGCCGCACUGCCCUAUCCAACACAACCACAAGGCAUGCCGCUGCCGUACGGCGUGGCGGGCGCUCCAUACCCGUCGUACGCGCCCGUGCCCGCGCUGUACAACCCGUACGCCACGCUGCCGUACCCGCACCAUGUGCGCGCGCCACUGCCGCCCUCCUACCAGCCCUACCAGUACCCCGCGCAGCCCGGAUACCCGCCGCCGCCCGCGCCCGGCUACCACCCGCCCUACCAGUAGCACUACCUGCACACUUCAUGCAACGAUUACAACAGCUUUUACAUUACAUAUGCAUUUAUGUAAAAAUACUAUUUAUGCAACUGUUGCAAUAAGGGGUAUUAAAACACAGAAUUUGAUAAUAGUACCUAUCACAUGAAUGUUUUAAUACCUAAUUAUCAACAGUUGCAUUCAAGACUUUAUCUACACCCAUAAUAUGAAUCCUCUAUAAAAGAUUCUGGAACAGUUAGCUUGCUAACAUUAAAAAAGCCAUUCCUAGUAGCCCUUACAUCAUCCAAACGAGUGUUGUAAUAUUGUACUGAAUUUGAUUACAACACUCGUUUGGAUGAUGUAAUGGGUAAUUAGGACACUGGUUGUUUUGAUGUUGGCAAUAAGCUAACUGUUUUAGAAUCUUUAACAGAGGAUUUAAAGCAUGGGUGUAGAUAAAAUGCUUUAAUGGUUACAAUAAUACCUACUGAUAUGUAAAAUCAUCUCUUAAUAUGAUUCUCAGCACUAUUUGUAUAUAAAUAUAAAAUUAAUUGUGAUAAUUUAUUACCAAUAAAAUUUUUUACUUUCUUAUAUCAUUCUAGUAAGUAUAUAUGGUAUGGGCGAUAUAUAAUUAGAUAUAUAUAAAAAUGUGAAAUAGAUGAAACAGUAGACGUAAAUGGUGCAAACUGAUACAGGUGACUAUUGGUCGUUGUAGGCUCAAAUACUGAAUAUGGAGGUACAUUAUGAUGUAGGUUAUUAAAUUUUAUUGUUGAAACAAACUCUUUAAUUAUUCACUUAUGAUUUUUAAUGUAAUAAAAUGUUUAUAUAUUUAGAAUUAAAUGUUUAAACCAAAUUAUAGCAAAUAAGACAAUAAGUCUUAGCAGAUUUAUAAUAAUCACCAGCACCUCAUCGUUGAUCACAAUAAUUGUUAUCAGUGUCAAUAGUAAGAGUGCUAAGCUAUUAAUAUAUUAUUAUAAUUUUGUCAAUCCA